AGUAAUCCCUUGGCCCAAGUUAUCGCCUUGGCCCUAAAAGACCAACCUUUUCCUUUCUUGUUUCCAAAGCUUCUCUUCGACCACUGCUACUUAAUAUAUUUGCUUUCCUCUCUGAAACCCCCCCAAAUUCCAUCGAUUUUAAUCAGUAUCUCAGAAAUAAGGUAUAUAAGUAUGAAGCUAGACAGUGGACUUGAAAACUCUUCUUCAAUCUUUCUCGGAGGAUGUAGUGGGCUUGAAGCUGAUUUUUCAGCUCCCCCAUCGUUUGAUCUUCCAAUUACUAAUGAUUUUGAUGGGUGGCAGAAGAAGUCAGUACAGAUGGUAAAACCUGCGAGGGGGACAACUACACUUGCUUUUAUUUUCAAGGAAGGAGUUAUGGUUGCAGCUGAUUCUAGAGCUAGCAUGGGAGGAUAUAUCUCAUCACAAUCUGUUAAGAAAAUCAUUGAAAUCAACCCAUACAUGCUUGGAACAAUGGCUGGAGGAGCUGCAGACUGCCAAUUUUGGCACAGAAAUUUGGGUGUUAAGUGCCGGUUGCAUGAGUUGGCAAACAAGAGAAGGAUUUCUGUCACGGGAGCAUCAAAGCUUCUGGCCAACAUCCUCUACUCGUACCGAGGAAUGGGUCUGUCCGUUGGUACCAUGAUUGCAGGUUGGGAUGAAAAGGGUCCUGGAUUGUAUUACGUAGACAGCGAAGGUGGACGACUGAAAGGAACCAGAUUUUCUGUUGGAUCUGGUUCGCCAUAUGCAUACGGUGUACUGGAUAAUGGGUAUAAGUAUGACAUGUCAAUUCCGGAAGCUGCUGAAUUAGCUCGCAGAGCUAUCUACCAUGCAACUUUCCGUGAUGCAGCUAGUGGUGGUGUUGCUAGCGUUUAUUAUGUUGGACCUGAUGGAUGGAAGAAGAUGUCAGGGAAUGAUGUUGGUGAACUCCAUUACAGCUACUACCCAGUUGUCCCAAGCGUUGUCGAACAAGAAAUGACAGAGGUACCAGUAGCUUGAUUGGAUAAGAAUUGCGCAGUAAAAUCUUAGCUUGUUUCUAAUGUUUUCUCUUGGAUUGAUGUAUAUGGUUUGUUGGGAACUUGGUGGGAUGGAAACUGUGGAAACAAUAACCAAACAGAAUUUGACUUGGUUAUAGAGACAAGUUGUAUUUGGAACCUUUUUACAUUAUCAGUUCCAGUUUUUUAAGUUAUUUUCUAAUUGAAUCUAGGGGAAUUUACCGGGUACCCCUGGUUGGAAAA